AUGCAGCCGGUGCUGGCAACGCGGCCGUUUCCUCUCCGCGUGGGCUGCAACGGCACGUUCCCGUAUGUGUUUCCCGUGGCCACAGCCCCGACGAUCGUGUUGUCGUUCCCAGUUGACGACACUGCCGCCGAGUUUAUUUCGUUCAACAUUUCGUCGCUGCAUCUCCCGCCCAACGACUUCCUGCGCAUCCGUGUUCCAACGGCGUCGCCUACCGCCGCCCCUUCCACGUACACGUAUCGAGGUCAGUACCGCGAUGGCCUCCUCACCACGCCCGUGUUUUCGUCGCACGUCGUUCUCGAGCUCAUCUCGUUCGGAUCGACCAACUCCAACUGCAACUACGGCUUCGACAUCAUCGAGUACCGGUAUGCUGCAACCCCUCCGACAAAAGAGUCAUCGUGUGACUCGAUCAACACCGCGGCGUCCCCUGCGUGCGAUCAACGGCCGACGAGUCCGUACUGGCGCGGUGCGAAAGCCAUCGUUCGGCUACUUGUGAAUUCCGCGAUUGGGUCGCGAUGGUGUACUGGAUGGUUGGUCGGUUGUGAAAACCACGUCUUGACCAACGCACACUGCAUCGGAUCUGCCGCCGACGCCGCAGCCACCAUAUUUGACGUCCAAGCAUUCGGCCGAUGCAAUGAAAACUGCGCAAGGGGAGGGGCAUGCUCCACCGGCAAAGUUGUCGUUGGGGCUACGUUCAUCGCGGGCUCGCACGAGUUUGACUAUGCGCUGGUGCAGCUCAAUACAGCGACAAACUACUCGGCCGGCAACUUUCUCCGCCUCCAAGCCUCCUUUGUCAUCGGCAGUCCGGUGUACAUCCCACAGCACCCGCUCGGAGGUGGCAUGGUUGUGGCGAUCAAGGCAGCGGGUGGACUGUUUGGUCUCCUGCACACGUCCACGUAUGCGAGCGCGGACUGUGGCCUGGACGGCAUGUUGGGGUACAAACUCAAUACGUCGCCGGGGUCGUCUGGCGCGCCGAUCAUUUCGACGACAACGAAUGGCGUCGUGGGAAUCCAUUCAUGUGGAGGAUGUGCCGUCGGGGUCGGUGCGAGUUUUAAUGGUGGCAUUCCGGCACCGUGGAUCAUCCAAGACCUCGCAAGACAGAACGCAUUGCCGAGUUGUUCCGUUGCGUCUGCAGCUCCUAUCGACCCGAUCAUCCCAUACGAAACCUCCCGAGGCACGCUGUUUGCGUCCGCGCGCGGGAUCUCCUUGGACGUGUACAUGCUAGUCGUUGCGACGGACGGAGCUAUUGCGGUCGACAUUCAGUCCUUUGAGACCGUUGGGUCGUUCCCUCCCCCUGGAGGAAGCAAUCGGUGGCAGGCCUUCAAGGACGUGGACGGCAAUUGCGACGCCUCGUACUUUGCCUCCAACGUGUUUGUGGUGGACGGAACGACGGGCGCGAUUGUGGCCAACAAUGACAUGAGCGUGCGGGGAAAUGGCCGUGCCGAUGGCUCCAUCAGUGACUUCGACGCAUUUACCAAUCUGUACAUCUUUCCAGGGACAUACUACAUCGUCGUUGGCACCACCGACACCUCGGACGUCGACGCGCGCGCUGCCGUGGUAGCGUUUCGUCAGGGCCGACCAGCGUACGCCGCUGGUGUGCUCUUCGAAUGCGGCCUUCCGACUGCUUCCUAUGGCCAUUACACCCUCACGCUUCGAACAAACAUGGAUGCGGACAGCAUCACGUCGUUUGUGUCGCCCAACUCGAGUCUGCCCAGUGCAUGCUCAACUGGCGCCCUUGACCAAGAACGCCACCCAUUGCGCUUCCCGUCCAAAUGUCCGUACCACGCCCGCCCGCCAUUGACGCUUCAAUACAUGGUGGACGGAACCAUUCACCAGAGGAAUGGCAGCGUCUCUCUUGAUCAAGUGCCGUUCGAAGUCGUCGAGACAGCACAUAUUGCCAUUGAGAUCGUGUCGUAUCAAAUAUUCGACGAUGGAACACCGAUGGCGAACGGGUACGACGACGCAGGCAUCUGCGGUCGGUCGUUCAUCGAUGCCGUCGCGUUCGUGUUUGAAGAUUCUACGCAAGGAGGACUGCGAUUGCUGGACACGGAAAAACUUGUUGCAUCCUCGGACGACAAGCCGCCCGGCGUGCGGCCUCCCACGAGUCGUAGCAGCCGUGACCCGUACCUGGACUUGCACUUGCCCAAAGGAAAAUAUGUGUUGGUGGUAGGGCAGUUCCCGCUGCAACUCCACGAGACUGUGAGGUCGUUCACAUCCGUCAAGGACGGAUUUUCGCCGUGGAGAGAGGGCAAGCCCAGCGAGACCGGCAACUACCACGUAAUGUUCUUGACAGAGUCGCCUGGAGUGCUGCUGCCUCCGGCAGGGCCGCCGUCCGUUACUCCACAUGACCCGCCCGUGCAUGUUACUCCUGACAUCAUCACGACUAAAGUCAAACGACCGCGGCUCGAUACAGGGGGACGCGCAAUUCUAGACUACUCUCUCUCCGUGGACUCUCGGUUGGCAGCGCUGCAUCAGCUUCGCGAAUUUCGUCAAGAUGGUUCGGCACCUGUGGACAAGUUCGGCACAGAUCAAGUCGUGGAUUCUCGUGCUCCACCAAAGAGUCAACGACUACAUGCCUUGCUCGGCGCGAUGCUGAGCACUCAAACCAAAGAUGAGAUCACCGCUGCAGCCAUGCGUCGCCUGCACAAUGCAACAAAACCGGAUGGCGGGCUCUCCAUUUCGUCGCUACAGAAGUUGCCGCUGGACAAACUGGCCGAUCUCUUGGCCCCAGUGGGCUUUUACACAAAAAAGGCUGCGCAUAUCAAGAUAAUCGUUGACAUGCUGCACGCGAAAUAUGAGGACGAUGUCCCUUCGUCCUUGACCGAGCUGACCAAUCUGCCUGGCAUUGGGCCGAAAGUCGCACGGCUGACGCUCUUGGUCGCGUGGGGUAUCGUGGACGGCAUCAUUGUCGACACUCAUGUCCAGCGCAUUGCCAAACGUCUCGGAUGGACGAGACUUCGAACGAACAGCACCACAAACUCCGAAACUACUCGCCGCGAUCUCGAGGAAUGGGUACCCAGGCACCUCUGGCGGAAUAUGUCCAAGAUGAUGAUUGGAUUUGGCCAGCUCACGUGCACUGCAGUCAGGCCGAAAUGCGACAAAUGCCCUCUCACAGCGUCGUGUCAGUUGCAGAUGGAGCAGCGACCACUUGGAAAGGCGGCCACUGUCGAGGAACACACAAAUUGA